AUGACUACAACCACGAAUUUUUCUCUAGUAGAACAGAAUAAGGAGAAUAUUCAGGCAAUUCCUCAAGGGCGGUCUGUUAAACGGUUGGUGGAUCUCGAGCAACUUCAUGGUACGGAGCUGAAGGAAAAACUAGCCGCGGAGAGAGAAUUGUUCGAAGUCAGACUUGAUCGAUCGCAACUGGAAGAUCUUGACGAUCCUUUGGAGCCAUAUCUUGAUUAUUUGAAGUGGAUAAGAGAGAGUUUUCCGUCUGGUAACAACAAUCGAGAAUUAAUAAAGCUUUUGGAGAAAGCUACGCAUGACUUUAAAGACGAUGAUUACUAUAAGAACGAGGUGAGGUACUUUAAGAUAUGGUUGGAGUAUAUUAAGUUCAGCGACACGCCACGAGAGAUUUUUACUUAUUUAUUCAAGAAGCAAAUAGGAAGGAAGUUGAGCUUAUUCUAUGAAAGUUAUGCAGGGUUUAUGGAGGAGCAAGAUGAUUAUGAGAGAGCCGAUGAGAUCUAUAAGAUGGGCAUAGAGUGCAAGGCUCGGCCUGCUGUCAAAUUGCAAAAUGCCUAUGAAAGGUUCAAGAUUCGAUUGAAGAGUCGGCCAAAUCAAGAAGAGUCUUCGAAAGAAGUGAGAGUCUUGUCGAACUCAGAGGGAGGCGGAUUAUCAACUUGUAUUCAGCAUACUAUUCAGAAACCUAAGUUUCAGGUUUUUAAAGAUUCUUCUGCAGAUACGCAUACUUCAGCAUUUAAUAAUGAGAGGUCUGAUACCAGGGAUAGUUUGGAAUCCUUACAGAACAUCAGGAAGGAGAACAAGGUACAGGGAGUACCAUUCAAGUCCCAGAAGAUUCCUCAGAUUGCUCUUAAAGGAGCUAGAAAGAGAAAAUUCUCCGUAUUUAAGGACACUCCUAAGCUCAAGUAUCCUGUGACAACUAGUGUGGAUGUUCCCGGAAAGAGGACAGCAAAGUAUGACUUCAACUUUGAUUUGUUUUUCCCUAAAGAAGGCGACACCAGAACGCUGUAUGAAGUAUUGGCAUUGAUGAUGAAGAAGCCAACCCAUGACGCUAGUUUUCAAACUCCAUUGAGGAAGAAGAUUCGCACUUCCAUGACACCAGCCUCAAGAUUGGGUAGUAGUUUUCUCAUUGGUUCUCUCAAUGAAGAAGAGGACACCACCCGGCUGACUCGUUCACCAACAUUAACUUUUUUUUCAAAUGAGGCUCGUAAAGAGAUCCUUCAGAUGUUCAAUCAACCAAUCAGAUCUCCCUCCAGCACCACAACUUUAACCAAUAUUACUGGUACUGAAGUUGGCCUCAGCGACUUCAUUACUGAGACUCUCGUCAAGCCGUCCACACCCAAAAAAGAACUCAUCAGUGCGGGUCAAGAGACUGUCAUGAGCUCCCCAUUUGUCGAUACACCAUUGCGGAUAUCUUUUGAAAAGGCCGCCGCUGAAUCCUCUCAAAUGGCAGGCUUGAGUGAGCCUUCGCACUACCCGGGGUUUCACUCCUACAAUAUUCCUCUGAAUAAGUCACAGAUCUUAAAAGACUUGCUUAAACCUGGUAUGCCGGCCGUUAUGGGUAACAAGCAGUUGAUGAUUCGGUUUGGUAUGGAACUUUUCUGCGUCAUCAAAGUGCUUCGAGAAAAUGAUGAUGAUUCCCUUUAUCUCUGCGAGCAAUCGACAGGCGAUCAAUUUUCUCUCAGGGUAAGUCAAAGAGAAAAUGAUAAUGGGCAUGAAUUCUGCAUUCUCAGUGAGCUCAGCAAAAGAACUGACCUGUUUAUCAGCAGUUAUGGAUAUUACCGGUACGAAGAUGAGUCGUAUUUGAUGCUUCCUUAUUUCAAGCAGGGCAGUUUGGUUGAUUUGAUGAAAUGUGUUAAACUGACUGAGUCCUUAGUGGCAUUUGUCACUCUUCAACUAUUGGAACAGAUGAUUGAACUUCACAGUAUUGGAUAUGUUCAUUGCCAAAUUGAGGCUGGUAAUUGUAUGUUGUCGAUGAAGGAUAGUGCCAAGUAUUCGGAGGUCAAACUCUGUGAGUUUAGAAAGGUGGUUUGUGUAUCGGACUCGAUUUCUGCUAGAUCUCAGUAUUCACAAGAUUGUUUUGCCUUAGCCAAUGUCAUUCAUCGGCUCAUUUUUAAAAAACCUCUUGAUAUCAAAAAAAUAACGUUGGAAACAGUGCUGGUCGCUGAUAUUCCGAGCGAUUGGCAGCGGACGACGUGGAACGGGCUUUUCAAACAUCUACUCAACUUUGAACAUCUCGAUAAGGAUGGAGAUAGUGUUAGACAGCUACAGAAAGUUUCAGAAAUGAUUGCGAAGUGGUUGAAAACCGUUCACGAUUUAGACAGUACGAUAAGCUACGUUGCAAGCCAAUUGAACAGUAGAUCCAGAAGAUAA